AGCGCAUCACGCAGACGGUGGAGAUCACCAAGCACGUGGUGGACAUCGAGGAGAAGGGCGUCAAGCUGCGCCUGACCAUCGUGGACACGCCGGGCUUCGGUGAUGCUGUCAACAACACUGAGUGGUGCCGGGUGAACAUCGUGCCUGUGCUGGCCAAGGCUGACACCCUGACCCCCGCCGAGGUGGAGCGCAUGAAGAACAAGAUCCGGGAGGAGAUCGACCACUACGGCAUCCGCAUCUACCAGUUCCCCGAGUGCGACUCGGAUGAGGAUGAGGAGUUCAAGCUGCAGGACCAGGCGCUGAAG